CAUUACGGGAAAAUUUAUGGUUUUGCAGUUUCGAGUGACAUCGAGUUAUUUUGGUGAAAAUCUGCGAAAAAAACUUAUCAGGAAACAAAUUUUUUAAUAGUCGUACGACGACGACGACGACGACGAGUAAAGUCAUCGCGAGUGAGCGAGCAAACAGCGUGAAUAAAUAAACUGCACUUGAAAGGCGGUUAUUAUUAUGUGAAUUGUAUGUGAAGCAAAAAAUUGUAUGAAAUAAUAAUACGCAAGAAAGAAAGAGUAAAAGAGAAGAUUAUUCAAUAGAGAAUAAAUAAUGCAACAGCAAAAUAAUGCAUAAAAAUUGAAAGAAUAAAAACAGAGUGAAAUUGUAAACAACAGAGCAUAAUGGAUCCCGAGAAGAAUAAGUUUCCGCCGAAAUUUACAGCUCCCUUAACUGUCGCCUCGACAUCGAUUACGCCGAUUGUCGUUGUGAAUAGCAAGGCAGUGCGCGAACAAGCCAACAACAUUCUAAACAACAAUCCGAAUCUAAACAAAUCUCUUGCGGCAAGUUUCCAACUAAUCAAAGAUAAAUUCGAUAAUCUAAAGUGUACAAGUGCUAAUUUCAGUGCAUUGAAUGGCAAACAAAGUUUUAGUAUUAAGAAUAACAAUAACAGUGCUAAGAAGCAUGACACAAGUGUGCUCUUCAAUAGUAAUAAAAACUUGUCCAUAUCUGUGUCAUCCGUAUCAAUGUUGCACAAACAACAAACGAUCACAGGAUUAACGAAAGGUUCGACCACAAUUACGCCCAAGAAGGAUAUUAUGCCGAGUCCUGCUGUUCCCGCGUUAUUAUCGCCGAAACAUUUGCUGAAAAAUAAGCCCGGCAUCACGUUGACAAAGUUGCAGAGAGAUUUGCAAGACAUCGAAGAUCGCAAGAAACGAUGCGCCGAUCGAUAUGACUCGUCAGAAUCAUCAGACAGGUAUGUACAGCUGAAAUAUGUUCUUAACCUCAUUAAACACAGAGAAACGGGAUUGCCAUGUCAUUAAAAACAAAUUUAAUUGUGAGUACUAUAAUUUAGUCGUUCCCAAGUUCACGUUGUUGGUCGGCCG